AUGGGUAUACAAGGAGAUCAUGGUGCUGCACUUCCACCUCCACCACCUAUUCAUGCAGGUGUUGUGCCUAGGAGAUGCCCUAUGAAUAGGAAUGACUUUGGCUCAAAGGGUCAAAAAGUUCAGCUCUUGACCAACCAUUUUCAAGUCAGAAUGGCUCGUUCUGAUUGUCACUUCUACCAAUACAGUGUUGAAAUGGCUUAUGAAGAUGGAACUGCUGUUGAUGCAAAAGGUGUAGGAAGAGGAGUAAUUGAUAAGUUACAUGAAACUUAUAAAACUGAGCUUGGUGGUAAGCAGAUUGCUUAUGAUGGCGAGUCUACUUUGUUCACUCUUGGUGCUUUACCUCGUAACAAGCUUCAGUUCACUGUUGUCUUGGGCGAGCAACAAAGAUCUGGAAAGGCUGGGAAUCCUGGUAGUCCUGAAGACAAUGAAGAUCCUAAUACUGGUGAAAGGAAAAGACUUAGGAGGCCACAAAGAUCAAAGACUUACACGGUUGACGUAAGCUAUGCAACCAAGAUUCCUUUACAAGCAAUAACCAAUGCAUUGCGAGGUCAAGAUUCUGAACAUUAUCAAGAGGCUGUCAGGGUUCUUGAUGUUGUACUAAGACAACAUGCUGCAAGACGAGGUUGUCUUUUGGUGAGACAAUCGUUUUUUCGUAAUGAACCGAAAAAUUUUUUUGACAUUGGUGGAGGAGUUCUUGGAUGUAGAGGAUUUCACUCUAGUUUUAGAGCUACCCAAGGAGGCCUAUCUCUUAAUAUUGAUGUUUCAACAACUAUGAUUGUUCAGCCAGGUCCUGUAAUGGACUUCCUUGUAUCAAACCAAAACGUUCCCCAUCCUGAUCAGAUCGACUGGGUUAAGGCUAAGAGAAUGCUAAAGAACCUAAGGAUCACUACCAAAACUUCAAACCUCGAGUUCAAAAUCACCGGACUGAGCGACAAAAUCUGCAGGGAUCAAAUUUUCGAACUAAGGCAACGCAAUGGCGAUGGGCAACACCAAAGUGUCGAGAUAACUGUGCAUGACUACUUCGUGCAGCAUCAUAACAUCAGCUUACGUUAUUCAUCUAAGUACCCGUGUAUCAAUGUUGGGAGACCGAAGAGACCAUCUUACUUCCCUAUCGAGAUGUGUGAUUUGGUUUCGUUGCAACGAUACACAAAAUCGUUGUCAGGACAUCAAAGAGCGAGCCUGGUUGAGAAAUCUCGUCAGAAGCCUCAAGAGCGGAUGAGAGUACUCACUGAUGCUCUGCGGGCUAGCAAUUACGCAGCAGAUCAAAUGCUUAUUGCAUCGGGAAUCAACAUCAGUAUUGAGUUCGCUCAAGUUGAGGGCCGAAUCUUGCCUGCACCCCAGCUAAAAGUUGGAAGUGGGCAAGAUUUGGUCCCACGUAGGGGUCGAUGGAACUUCAACAAUAAGGGAUUGUUCGAGCCAGUGGAAGCUUUAGACAGAUGGGUUAUCGUAAACUUUUCUGCUCGAGUUGAUAUGAACAUGCUGUCACGCGACAUUGUGAAGUGUGGCCAGCGAAAAGGAAUGAAAAUCCGAGAUCCAUUCAAAGUAUUUCAAGAGAAUCAUCAAGAUCGGAGGCUGCCUGCUCCGAGAAGGGUAGAAAACAUGAUGGAUUCGGUGAAAAAUGGACUCCCUGGACCGCCCCAACUUAUUUUGUGCGUUCUUCCUGAUAGGAAAAUCUGCGAUAUCUAUGGUCCAUGGAAGAGGAAAGCUCUCGCUGAGAUUGGUCUAGUUACGCAAUGCAUAUCGCCCCAAAAGCUGAACGAUCAAUACCUUACGAAUGUUCUUCUGAAAAUCAACGCGAAGUUGGGUGGUCUUAAUUCGGUGUUGUCUAUCGAGCAUGCUCGAAACAUCCCUUUUGUUUCGGAGGCACCAACUCUAAUUAUAGGGAUGGAUGUGUCGAAUGGCUCCCCUGGACGCACUGAUGUUCCAUCGAUUGCAGCAGUUGUGAGUUCGCGGGGAUGGCCAUUGAUUUCUCGUUAUCGUGCAUCUGUUCGUACUCAAUCUCCUAAAGUCGAGAUCAUCGAUGGUCUUUUUAAGCCUGAUCCCGAAACCAACACUGAUGAUGGCAUGAUUAGGGAAUCGUUGCUUGAUUUCUUCAAGAGUUCCAACAAACGUAAGCCCGAAAACAUAAUUAUAUUCAGGGAUGGUGUAAGUGAAUCUCAAUUUAGUCAAGUUCUUAACAUUGAACUUGAUCAGAUUAAGGAGGCAUGUAAGUUCCUUGAAGAGAAUUGGAACCCUAAAUUCACGUUGGUCGUUGCUCAGAAGAAUCAUCACACGAAGUUCUUUCAGCGCAAUUCUCCGGAUAAUGUCGAACCUGGAACUGUCGUUGAUAAUGGCAUUUGUCAUCCGAAAAACAAUGAUUUCUACAUGUGUGCCCAUGCCGGAAUGAUUGGAACUACUCGGCCUACUCAUUAUCAAGUGUUGAUUGAUGAGAUUGGUUUUUCGGGUGGUGAUUUACAAGAUCUUGUUCAUUCACUUUCCUAUGUGUAUCAAAGAAGCACAACAGCUAUCUCCGUGGUUGCUCCUGUGUGCUAUGCUCAUCUAGCAGCGAGUCAAGUGGCGCAGUUCAUGAAGUUUGAUGAGUUCUCAGAUACCUCCUCAAGUCAUGGCGGUGUUACUUCGGUUGGUAGUGCGUCUAUUCCUCAACUCCCUCGUCUUCAUCCUAAUGUUAGUAGUUCUAUGUUCUUCUGCUGAUACUUUCUUGCCUCGUAGAGAAUUUUGUCGAAUUAACUAAUAAAUAGUUUGUCCAUAUUCAAAUAAUUAGUUUUCAAUUGCGCAAUUAGGUUAUUAAUCACUUAUGGUCUUCCUAUUUUGGUGUUUGCCUCGACAUUGGUAGCAAUUUUGUGAACAUUUUUGUGGGUUGAUGUAAAGCCUGUUUUUGCUACUUUUGUUCAAUCUAUGAGAUUUUAUCUCCCUUGUAGAAAGACCCA